CAUGUUAUCAUUCUGGGUGACCUGAAUACAGCCCACCGCCCCAUUGACCACUGGGAUGCCGCCAACCUGGAAACGAAAAAGGAAUGACAGCAAAGAGGACAACCACUAUUCUCCCCAGUCCAAAAGGAGCAGGAGAAACCCUGUGUCUCAGGAGUCUCAGGAUGCAGAGACAGUACCUGUAAUGAUAAAUAAUAAGGAAGACCAACUAAGAGGAACCAAAGUGUUUGCGUCGUCAAGCAAUGAUAGUGACAGGAGCAGCAGCAGCGUUAAUAUCCCAGAGAGAGUAAUUGGACCAGAAAGUGGCUUAAACCAGGUGGUUGCUGACCCCAACAUGAGUACCCCUCAGUCCUUAUAUGAGGAGUACGCACUCUACCAAGGUCCUUACUCCCACAUUAACCGGAUCUUAAAGGAGGCACACUUCAACAGCCUGCGGCAGCGAGGACAGUGUCCAACAUGAUGAACUAGGAGCUCCUCAUUCCAACCUAAAAUUUGCUUAUAAAGGCAAUUGCACACAAAACAAAGACGUCUGUUGACUUUUCAGUCUGUCUUUUAAAUAACAGGUUGAUGGACAGUUGUUUUAACUUGGGUUUUUGCUGCACUUUUGCUAUUUCAAAGGGGACCUGGAAGCACUUUUAUAGAAUUCUUUUCAGGUUGGAUGUCAAAUUUAUGAGGAAACCUCACAUGCAGGUUGAAUCCAUAGAAUGUCCAAUUCAGAUUGCUUUACAAAUCUGUCAGUUAGAAACCCUAGUCAAUUGUCCUUUUAAAAUGACAGAUCUUCAGUCGAAAAAAUGUAAUAGGCUAGUAAAGUGUGAAAUUUUCACGAAGAAAAAAAAUUACUAUUCCAAAGCAGAAAUAGCUGGAUUCAGUCUUGUAGUGAACUGAACUGCCACACUGCCUCUCAGAAGGUAGAUGUCUUAUUGAAAUUACUCUCAACUUGCAAGGGGACAGUUAGACCCAAUUUAGACUGUAUAAGUGAAAUCUCCCCUCUAGCAACUGUCUCCACUCUUUGUGUUUCUAGAAAGAAUAUUCCUAAGGCUCUUGUGUACUCAGAUACCUUCUGUAUCAUUAAUCCUCCAGAGCGUGCAUUUCAGAGUUAGUAGAAAGCGUUGCACAAUUCUGUCAGACAAGAGGUACAUAACAGCUUUCUGUCUUGAAAACAAACCUGUUUAAUUAUUAGUAGUUUAAGUGAUCUCAUUUCCAAUUCCACCUGUUAUGUCUAGAGCUAAAGCUGAUAAUGUGUAAGCUACCUCACUCAAUGUCUAAAGUUAUAAGAAUUGUUAAACUGGUUUGGACAACCCUCUACUUGCUGUUUCAAAGACCCCUUUACGAAGACUAGGGGGCCAGCAUAUGUCAUUGAAACUGCAAAGGUUGGUGCGGCUUACAGACAAUGGCGAGGCACCACUGAAGAAAUAGGCAAUAGUAGUGUUUAGUUAGCCAGAGAUGGAUAUGUUCCCAUGUUCUUUGGUUAUCCUAAAGAGCUAAUCACAUUGACCACUGGUUACAAGGAUGUGCCUGCUUCUUCAGCAAUGCGCUGUGUCAACAAGGAACUAGGAUGUAUCCAGUUUUGUGCCCUGCAGAAUGCCAGAGGUAGAUUGAAAGGAAAGUGCCCUCUGGUCUAAUAAGAACCUCUUGCAUGUUCACAUCAUUCUCUACACUCUAAACUUGGAAGCCCACACAGCAGAAACAAGCAGAUAUGAGAAUUAAAGGUAGCUCUAGAGAGAGGUCUUUGCCAUUUGUGAAGAUUUGGAAAAGACAUAAAAUAACAGAUUGAGUAAAAGAAGAAUGAGAUUUGAUGAAGUCACAGAGUUAAUAUUUGAAAAGGAAAACUGUUCUAGGAAAAGUAGAAAACACACAUGCACACACAUGCACACACACACACACACACACACACACACACACCUCCUUUCCAUGGUGGUUUCCUUUAGUAUGGAUAGGAUUUUAAGGUCUGAUACUAGUAGUGGGGUUUUAGUGUUACUGAGGAAAAAGCCACAGCACCAUUGGCCUCAAACUGGUGGAUCAGGCAUGGGUCCAUUUAUUUCUCAGUUACACAGUUUGUGUAAGAGUAUUUUUUUCUGUGACUACUGUCCCCAAAGUUAAAAAGCCAGGUGUUUUAACAAGAAGCAUUUUGACUUUUUUGGCUAUCAUUUUCACUGUAACAAAAAGCAAACAACCAAAUACUAAAGGAGACAGCCUGUUGGAACUCUCAAACCGCAGGUACACACAUGAUUUAGAAACAAGAUUAUACUGUAUAGCACAGGGAAAUAUAUACAAGAUCUUGUGGUAGCUCACAGCAAAAAAAAAUGACGAUGAAUAUAUGUAUGUUCAUGUAUAAUUGAAAAAUUGUACUCUGCACUGGAAUUUGACACAAUGUUGUAAAAUGACUGUAACUCAAUAAAAAAAAGUUAGAAAAAAAAGAGAAAGGAAAAAAAAAACACCCAGGAAGAAUUCUGCAGGCUGAAAUACGUGGCAUGGAAUGAAAAUAGAGCAUAUAUUAAAAGU